AUGAUCCCGGUCCGCCUAAGACAUCCCCGCGGUGUGACCACGAUAUCUGUCGAUCCAGACACCACUGGCAUUGCGGAUCUCAAGACUGUCAUCUUCUCGCACACUGAAAUCCCACCCAGCCAACAAGAAAUCAGCUAUGGGUAUCCGCCAAAAAAGCUCCCCGACACGGCCGGUCGACUGGCAUCGAUCCCGAUAACAAAGGGCGAGCAGCUCAUCGUCACGGCCUUGCCACCCAAGUCACCGUUGCGGCGCCGCCGUCCAUCCGUCAAGGAACUCGAUGAACAGCUCUCGGCGCCGUUGCCGCCGCGCGACAGAGGUGCCCCAGAAGCAGUGGUCGAGUCGCCCUUGGCCGAGGGCGACAUUCCCGUCGAGCCCAAAGAGACCAUCAAGAUGCCCGGCGAUGCCGGACAUCUCCAGCUCCGCGUCGUUCCCGACGACAAUUCGUGUCUCUUCUCUGCCAUCGGCGUGGUGUUUGAAGGAGGCAUCUCAGCUGCCCAGAAGCUUAGGACAGUCGUCGCCAACGCUAUCAAGGCCGACGCGGUCAACUACUCAGAUGUGAUCCUAGGCCGUCCGCGCGACGAGUACAUUGCCAAGAUCCAGGACAAGGAUACCUGGGGUGGUGCCAUCGAGCUAGCCGUCUUUGCAGAGCACUUCAAGACGGAAAUUGCGUCAUUUGACGUCAAGACCGGUCGCGUCGACAAGUUUGGCGAGGGCAACUAUGCCAACAGGUGA